AUGUCUGGAAGCGGCAAGAGAAAGUCCGAUUGGCCUCUGGCGCUAAAUACGAAGAAGGGACGUCGAGCGAUGACUUCAGAUGUGCAGUGGGGGACGCAGUCCACCGUGGUCGGCGUUUCAACGACGUUCAUGUCUGACGGCAGCGGGAGAUCUCAAGUUACUACUACGGCUCAGACCGCACCAUCCGGUUACUCUGGUAUCGCUCCGGGCAGUGAGGAGUACCAUAGGGUGACAGGCGGUACAGCACUCGAAGAGCCUGUAGCAGGACCUGACGAGCCGGUAGCCGGACAGGAGUCAAAUGACGCACACGAAGAUUUUGAGGAUGAUGGGCUGCCGGGACCUGAAGUUACAGAUCCUGUCGAAGAACAGACUGACCAGGAGCCUCGAUCGAAAAGUCGGAAACCAAUCUGGGCUUGGAUCGCUGAGCGUCCCAUGUUCUUACGGGAGCUUAUCAACUUAGACGGCCGACAUCGCGCUCUAGACUUGGCGCAUCUCAAUAUGUGUCGUAACACAGAGUGCAAGGAUACACGUACCAAGCGCCGCUACUACCGUUGUGUAUCCGGCUGCAUGCGUUGUGACUGGUGUUGCCGCUCGUGCCUUCUCAAGAAGCACGCCGAUCUUCCACUGCAUCGCGUGGAGUCUUGGGUAGAAGGGCACUGGCAGUCGAUCUCGCUGCGAAACCUGGGUCUGAAGGUGAAUCUGGGCCAUCCGGACGGCUCUCCAUGCGCGCAACCCCAAGCGACGGUCGCGAACUUCGUUGUUGUCCACACUAACGGGGUACACGAAGUCAAGGCUGUGUUCUGCGGAUGCACUCAGACGUUUGUAGCACCUACUGCUCAGCUCCUGAGAGACCGCUGGUGGCCUGCUACGGCUGACUUUCCGAAAACGGCGGCGACCUUCGAAGCAUUGGACUGCCUAGAUGCUCUCGGAACAGCCGGCAAGACGAACGCGUUUGAGUUCUGGAACGCGAUGUGUGCACUGACAGAUUUCACCGGUACACAUACCCUUCCGGAUCGUUCGAAGGAGCUCGCGCGAAUGGUACACGAGUGGCGCCACAUUCUGAUGUGCAAGAGAGGAGGCAGGGGUCACGAUAGAUUCGGCGGCAUAGAGGAAACAUUGCUGGGCGAUCUCGCUGUACUAUGCCCAGCGUGUCCGCAUGAAGGGCUCAAUACAGACAUCCUAGAAAAGGUGUCCGCGAUCUCACCAGAAUUGGCCGCCGCCAUACGCCACUUCGAACGCGUAUUCGCGGCUAUGGACUGCAACUUCCGAGCCAAGAAUAAGGACAACCUCUCGACGUUCGAGAGCAGUCCCAUCUUGGGCGACGGGAUGGCAUUCAUGGUCCCUUACGACGAGUAUGAGGACUUCACAGCCACAAGCGGCCAUCAGGACGAGAUGAGCAGCUGCUCGCGUUUCGGGGCGAUGGUGUUGGCCAAUCUUAAAGCGGGCAAGGGGAUGCGUACGACAGGAAUCGGUGCAGUGUUUUGCUCGCGUCACGGCUUAUUCUGGCCGAAUACCGUAGGCACGCUGGUAAAGGGUGAAAGGUGGUUACCGCAGAUCACUGCAGCGGGCAUUCAUGUUCUGACCCCAUUUCUUCACAUCAGGUACUGUACGAUGGACUACAUCCUGGCCGCUUUCGUACGAAGACUGCGGGCAUCGGAGCUUCAUCUCUCGUACGACAUAAUAUGCCAGUACUCCAAGAACCUCGACCGCAGAAUGGCCGAUGUCGAGGGCGACACACCUUUCAUGCUAGUCGGCGCACAGAAACUGUUAGACGAGAUCUCGACAACAUUCGCUAUACCGAAGUUUCACAGCCCCGGACACAAGGCGCUCUGCCAACAAUGGUUUAACCUCGCGUUGCAGCUAUAUGCAGGCCAAACGGACGGCGAGGCGUCCGAGCGAGCUUGGGCGGGGCUGAAUCGCGCCGCCGCCAGCAUGAGGGAGAUGGGGCCCGGGCAUAUGCGCGACACAAUAGACUUCUAUUGCAAUAUGUGGAACUGGAAGAAGUUCAUCAAUAUGGGUCCGUUCCUUAUCCGCAAGAUGGAGCUGGCGUUGCGGGAGGCCGAGGACCAUACAUUCAUCCACACGGGUCUCCGGAAGGCGUUGGCUGCGGAGAGCGCGGAGACCGUGGACGAGUGGACCGAUGAGGUAGUUGUGUUCGAAAGACGGGAUGAUGGGGAAUUGAAGGAGGGAGGUCCGGUCAAGAACCCAUACAAGCCGCUCGCAAAACCGAAGUCCCUCCAUCAGGCACGAUUGGAAAGCGCAGAGCUGAUGGCCGCCGCCCUUGAGAAGCUCGGUGCUUCUGACGCCCGAAGCAGGAAGGAAAGUGCCACAAGUACGACGGGCGCGGAUCGGGCGCCAGCUUCACCAGAACUGACGAAUUUCGUACUGCGCGGAUUCAAGAUUGAGAUGUUGAGGUUACGCGCUAUUGCAAGACAAAAAGUCAACACGGUGCUCCAGCGAGCGGAGAAGCGGGAGCAAGCGAACGAAGUCGCGCGUUUGCUGGUGCAGUUCCGAAAGGACCAGCAAUGGAUACAGCCGCUCGUUUCAGCGGGUGUGAGCGAGUUGGAGGGUGACCGCGCCGAAGCGAACACGCGGGAAGAAGAUGGGGAUAGCGAGGACGAGGACGAGGAUGAAAUCGACGCGGGACCGUCUGGCGACGGAGAUGAAGAUGAUGUCGAGGCGGGAGCACCGGACGAUCUGCCCCUCGGGAACAAGGUUGCACGGGGCCUAUACCUACCGUCAGAGCUACCGCGCGAGCUGGCACUUCAACAACCGCGCGAGCUGCUGUAUGAAGAGCUGCGCCUGCGAUGGGCGGGGAUGGGAGACGACAUCGUCAUCAUUCGCCAGUACUGCAGAAUCAAGGGCACCGUCGCCGAAUUCAAGCGCAAGACCGUUCGAGGACAGAGACACACGUCACGCGCCCGGACCAAGCAGAACGCGAUUGAGGCCAAUCUGUAUACCGUCAAAGAGUCAUAUCGGGUGCAUCGUGCACGCUUCGCUAGGUUGGUUUCGCUGAUGAGCGAGAGGGAGAGGGAAGAGCAGGUGCCGGCCAACUGGGAGGACCGCUUCCGUGAACUUGAGGAUGGUGAUUGUAUCGCGUUGGGGCAGAGACUGCUGAUGCGCAUCGAGGACGAGCAGAUCAAGCGCGUCCAUCGCAUAGUCACACAGAAGCACGGAGGUUCGAGCGGCGAGAGCAGUCACAAAGUCCCGUGGAUCUGGUAUACAGUCGUGGAAGGAGGCAUUAUCGAACUGAACGAUGAGAUGCGCGUCGAAUACCUGAAGUGCCGCGCCCGCGCGAUGAGAUGGACGGAGGAAGUCUACGCCCUCUGUUUCGAAAUGAUCCGAACUCCUAGGUUCGUCAUGAGAAAAGCAGAAUGGUGGGAGAGGAAGGCUGGUAUGCAGCUGUCGGGGCUCAGCAAACUCGAGAAGGACGGCGCCCGCGCGUACGCGAAGAAGCAGGCGACGAUGUACCGGCGACAAGCGGAGAAGCUGGAGAAGAACUUUGCGGAAAGUUUAACUCUAGCGGCAGCGUUCGUGAAGACUCACGGGCUCGAUGGCCUGCUCAAAGAAGCAUAG